AUGGGGCGCGUGGAAAACGCGAAAAUCUUUCCGACGGUUCGUGUAACGGGCGCCCUCCCCUUUUUUUCGUUUCUUGUCGUCAAGUGUCCACUACGGGGAGCAUGUGCGUUGUUAAAUGCUUCAUCGACAGCGACCACCAGCAGCAGCAUCAGCAGCAACAACAUUUGCGACAAUAACCAGUGCUACCGGCAGCAGCGUACCAACCGCACGUGCAAAGCUAGUUAUUUCCAUUCCAUCACCAUUUCGAAAGGAUUUGCCACAAAUGAAAACACCAAGAGAGCCACCAUAGUCAUCUACCCGACUGUGGCCCCCGAGACGGUGAUCAUACCGAUAGUGUCCUGCAUCAUUGGCUUUCCCAUCCUGGCGCUGCUGGUGAUAUGCUGCCUGCGGCGACGGGCCAAACUGGCCCGAGAUCGGGACCGACGGCGGAACAUCGACCUACAGGAUCAUGCAGUCAGUCUGGUGCGAAUUAAUGCCAUACAUAGGUUCAAUUACAAUGCCACGCGAGCUGUCAGUUUGUGUUCUGAGAGAAGUAUAAGCCACAGCAUACCUUCGCUGGAGCUGGACACGAUCCUUGAGGAAACGCUCUGCUCGGUGGAGGUGUAGCGUAAUAGAAUGUGUGUGUGUGUCUGUGGUCAAUGUGACCGCGUCCUGCUGACCCCUUUACCCUGGUGUGGCUGUGUUGCCCUAAACAUUAAAUGUGCAUUUCCUGAUUUCCUUUCGCUAUUUUCUAAAACCAAACGUAAGCAAAAAUGUACACCCUCCGCAUGAGCUGGAACUGGAGGAGCUUUUCAAACCUCGCGAUUGGUGGUUUAUACGAGGAAGCUGAUGCCUCACUAUUACUGUCGGGAUGAAGUCAACGCGAUCUCAACUCAAUCCACGGUGGGGAAGCAAUCCUGCUUUCGCCAGCGAAAUGAAUAGAACUGAAUGUUAUAGAAAGCAUAGAAUUAACCCUCCCAAAAAAACCCCCCUGUAUUCACAAAACCGUGUACGUGUAAUCGUACACACGCUCCAGGGUCACCAUCUGUAACGUGUAACAAUCCUUGAAUGCUUUAAACGAAUCCAACGAACCGUAUAGUAGUAGGUACUAGGUACUGCGCGUACUCGUAGUGGAUGAACCAUAUCGGUAUGGUAGUGCUGUGAACGUGAGACCACACUUUUUCCUCAGAUAGCCUUUUUCCCCAUUACAAACAGCCUAGCUGGCUGUAGUGUAGUUUAAGACGAGAGGCAAAAAAUAACAGAAACUAGACGAUCUUUCUACAAAGUUCUGCUGUGCGAGGGGGGGUGAAAAUAUAAGCUAGUGUCACCCUCUUGUGCUAGGAAUGCUUUAAAAUCAUAUCCAACUUUAUCGUUCCAACUCUCUCAUGUGCACCGUUUCAGGAAGAGUGUGUUGCAACAGCAUCCCAGAAACCGAAACAAAAAAUGGUAGAUUUCCUAGAAAUUUCCCUUUCAACCUAUCUCAACAGAAACUCGCGCGUCAACCGCCAUUCAGAAAAGCAUAUCAGGCUGCUGUUAAGAGGAACCAAUCAUCCUUACAACGUCCGUACACAAUUUUAUACCACACCAAGCUCGUACAAGGCUAGAUUUGUGCAAUGAAACGAAAUUUCCUAGGAUACAACAAGCAAACAAACAGACUUUCCCAUAUCAAAUGUACUAUCGUUUUUCGUAACGAGCAUAGAAAAAGAGAGCUUUUACCGGUUGAUCGUAUGAUCGAAAUCAUUAUCCCAAAGUGGAAGCACGUGCCCCAUCAUUACCCGGUACCCAGACAAAACGAACAAUCUAGUAAGUUAAUUGCGAAUAUAUACACGUACCCAAGUAGGCAAUGGAAUACUCGGACAGCUGCUUUGAUCAGCACCUGUGUCAAAACUGCACUAACGCAUCAAAGGCGUUGUUAGCUUUAGUAGACGUUGCGAACGUCAGUACAGGGGCGGAGAAUCAAGUUUUCCAACCACAGCAAGCGGAACAUCAUCCAUGUUUGUGUGCUUCAGUGUAGUAGUAGUUAAAUGUAGUGUCGUAGUAUGUGUAGUGCUGUAUAUACGAGUAAUCGGAACCAACCGGAAAAGGAUGUGCAACCCUCAAGUGUGGAGAGGAUGCUUCUGAGCUAUAAUUUAGAUGUAAAAGUGAAACUCCAUCCAGCGAAAAUCAUCCAAAACCAAAUCCCAGUGAACCUAGCGCAACGGUGUGACGUGUUGCUAGGUCUGCCGCCAGCUGGUAAAUUGAAACAUAUCGAGGUCCCGGUUGUUUUUUUUUUCGGGUUGCCGUGUCUUUGACCAGACCCGUUUUCGAUGCAUCGUACUUUUAUAUACAGCUCGCCCGGCAUCUUUUCCCACCAUUCCGCUCCCUCACCAUUCCGAACGAUAAUUCAUCCCCAUAGCUCCCUCAUCAUCACCCACCCAGUGCUUGUUGCGGCCGCUACAGUGUAGCCAAAGCAAAGACAAAUAAAGGUAUGUGAUUUGUGUAAAGUUGA